AUGAAACAAAUUUUAUCAAAUGUCCCAGAUAAUUUCUUAACAGAACCUCGUUCUUCAUAAUAAUCAUGUCAUGUUAUUAAAUCAAAACCUCUUAUAACAUAUACACCUCUACAAGUAAAUAAACCUUAAAAUUUGAUUCAAUCCUUAAAUGGAUUAUGCAAGUACUUUAAUAAAAAAGAUGAGAUGAAAUAGAUAACUUAUUUUGCUCCAAAAAGUGUUUAGAGAUCAUCUGCAUCAUUAUCCCCUAGAUAAAUAAUUACAAGUAGCAUAUCAGAUAACAGUCCUGUAUUAGUCAAAUAAUUACUUUGCAGUUAAAAGUAUCUCAAAGAAAAUCUUAAUCCCAAAGAGGGUAUUAGCAUUACCGAAUUUAAAUCAGUAACUUAAUUAAUGUAAACAAUUUUAGGAUUAGAAAUUAAUGAAAGUUAAUGAUAGUAGUCAUAAGAGAAGUAUGGGAAGAUUUGCCAAAAAUCAGAAAUCCAGAAAUGCAUCUGUUUAAUAUCAUGAAGAUUGGAAAUUAAAAUAUGAAGACUUAUAACAGAGUUUAUGUCAACGAAUUCAAUAAUUAGAAAAUGAAUUAGAAGAAAUGGAAAAGAAUAGAAAGAUUGAUAGGAUGCAUUCUGAUGAAUAAACAAAUUAAUACAUUGAACAAUUAUAAUCUAUUAUUGCAGAAAAAGAUUAAGUGAUUUAUUAAAUGGAUUAAAAACAUCAAGAAUUAGAAUAGAUAAUUCAAAAAUAAUAAUUGGAAAUUGAUAAAUAUCGAUAAAAUAACCAUAGAUAUUGUGAUAAUCUCGAAAUUAAAAGAUUAUAAAUAGUAGAUUAAUAAUUUCAAAAAUUAAAAGGAUAACUCCCUGUAUUAGCAUCUACACUUUAAAACAUAGAAUAAAUAUUAGAUACUUCAUAAACAUAAUAAAAUAAUUUGUCUUUAUCUUCAGUUUCUGUAGUUGAGAUGAUUAAUGAAAUGAAUCAAGGAAUUGGAAUUAAUAUUCAAAGCUCUAAUCGAAAUAAUGAGUUAUUGAUUCGAAAUAUUUCUGAAAAUAAACCAUUCAAUUUAUCUGAUAUUUUAUCAAGAAAAAAAAACUAAUGA